AUGACUGAACCACAAUCUGAAUGGGAUAAAAGAAGGUACAUACCUAAACCUGGUGAACCAGACUUACCUCCACAACUUACAGAAUAUGCAGAUAAAUCUUCCACCGAUAUAAUGAAAGACUUGAACAGAUUACCUUUCUUCAUGACAGAGCUUGAUGAAACAGAUGGAGAAGGUGGAGAGAAUUCUAAUUUAGAAGCUCUUAGAAGUCUUGCUUAUGAAGGAGAACCUCAUGAAAUCGCAGGUAAUUUCAAAAAUCAAGGAAAUGAUCAUUUCAAAGGUAAAAACUAUAAAACUGCCGUGGAAUUCUAUACUAAAGGGUUAGAUGUAGAAUGUGAUGAUGAUUCAAUCAAUUUAGCAUUAUAUUUAAAUAGAGCUGCUUGUAAUUUAGAACUCAAGAAUUACAGAAGAUGUAUUGAAGAUUGUAAGAAAGCUCUUGUGAUAGAUCCCAAGAGUGUUAAAGCAUGUUAUAGAUCAGGUAAGGCAUUCUAUUUAGUUAAUAGACUUGAUGAAGCUAAACAAAUCUUGGAUUAUGGAUUAUCUAUUGAUGGUGAUAACAAACCUAUACAAGAAACUUUACAAAAAGUUACACAAAAACAAGCUCAAGUUCAAUUAGCUUUGGAAAGAAAGGAAAGAGAACAAAAAGAGAAAGAAUUGAAAAAUACCAUUCUUGUUAAUGCUAUAAAAUUAAGACAUUUCCUUAUAUUAAAAUCUAAAACUCCAACAGAGUUAUUAGAAGAAGCUAAAAUUAGACUUGAAAAUGAUGUAGAUUAUGAAUCUCAACUUAUCUUCCCAGCUAUGAUCUUAUAUCCAACGACUGACGAAUUUGAUUACUUACAAGAGGUAGGAGAAUUGACCACACCUAAUGAGAUCUUGAACACUGUAAUGCAAAGACCACAAUCAUUCUUUGAAGAUCCUAAGCAUAAGAAUUUUGCCAUACCCAACUUACAAUGUUUCUUAGAAACUGAGGCUGGUGGAUUGGUGAAAGUGGGAAAGAAUGUUGCCAUCAAUGAAGUAUUGAUGAAAGAUAGUCCUAAAACUCCUUUAUUCGAUAACGCUUUAAGAUUAUACGUGGUACCAAAACAAGAGUCAGCAGAAUGGAUUUCCAAAUGGAAUAAGGAAGCUGUUUUGGCUAAAAGAUUAUUAUAG